GGAGGGAGGGCGCCGCUGCUACCCCUCCCCGCCGCCCCGCGCACGCACACACACACACACAUCCCGCACACGCACCGCCCGAGGAUGCCCUUUGCCCGGGGGGGCGAAGCCGGGACGGCAUCGUGCCGCCGGGAGUGAAGCCACCGCCGCCGCAGCUGUCGUCGGGGCCUCCCGGCCCGCAGCGUGCGGCCGGAGCGGGGACGCCGGCGCUUCCCUCCGCCCCAGGACGCGCACCCGGAGGAGGAGGAGGAGAAGGAGGGCGCCGUCUCCGCAGCAGCAGCAGCAGCAGCCGCCGCCGCAGCCAUGGGAAGGAUUUGACAGGGCUCGGAGCGCUUUUGCCGGUGUGUCGGGGCGCGCGUUCCGCCCGCCGCCCCUUGGCGCAGCGGAGGAGAAGGGGGCGACGAUGAAGACUUUAGUUUUUUUGAAUCACUGAAAAGCCUUAAAAGGAGACUCGUAAUAAUAAUCAUUAAAAAAGAAACCCCAAUGCAAACUGAAACAACCAUGUCUGGAGAAGUGCGUUUGAAGCAGUUGGAGCAGUUUAUUUUGGAUGGGCCAACACAGACUAAUGGGCAAUGCUUCAGUGUGGAAACCUUGCUGGAUAUACUCAUCUGCCUUUAUGAUGAAUGUAAUAAUUCCCCUCUGAGAAGAGAGAAGAACAUCCUUGAGUAUCUGGAGUGGGCCAAACCUUUUACAUCUAAAGUGAAACAGAUGCGACUACAUAAAGAAGAUUUUGAGAUCCUGAAGGUGAUUGGUCGAGGAGCCUUUGGGGAGGUUGCAGUAGUAAAACUGAAGAAUGCAGAUAAAGUUUUUGCCAUGAAGAUACUUAAUAAGUGGGAGAUGCUGAAGAGAGCUGAAACAGCCUGUUUUCGAGAAGAGAGAGAUGUGUUAGUGAAUGGAGAUAACCAGUGGAUCACAACAUUGCAUUAUGCAUUCCAGGAUGAAAACUAUUUAUACCUGGUUAUGGAUUACUAUGUUGGAGGCGACCUGCUUACAUUGCUCAGUAAGUUUGAGGACAGACUGCCCGAAGAUAUGGCUCGUUUUUAUUUGGCUGAAAUGGUGAUAGCCAUUGAUUCAGUUCAUCAGUUGCAUUAUGUUCACAGGGAUAUUAAACCAGACAACAUCUUGAUGGAUAUGAAUGGACAUAUUCGAUUAGCAGAUUUUGGUUCUUGUCUGAAACUGAUGGAAGAUGGAACGGUCCAAUCUUCAGUGGCAGUUGGAACACCAGACUACAUCUCUCCAGAAAUCUUGCAGGCCAUGGAAGAUGGAAAAGGGAAGUAUGGGCCCGAAUGUGACUGGUGGUCCCUGGGCGUUUGCAUGUAUGAAAUGCUUUAUGGAGAAACGCCCUUUUAUGCUGAGUCCUUGGUGGAGACCUAUGGGAAAAUAAUGAACCACAAAGAGAGGUUUCAGUUUCCUGCUCAAGUGACAGAUGUCUCUGAAAGUGCAAAGGACCUCAUCCGAAGGCUCAUUUGUAGCAGAGAGCAUCGACUUGGACAAAAUGGUAUAGAAGACUUUAAGAACCAUCCAUUUUUUGCUGGGAUUGAUUGGGACAACAUUAGAAACUGUGAGGCACCUUACAUCCCAGAAGUCAGCAGCCCUACUGAUACAUCAAACUUUGAUGUGGAUGAUGAUUGCUUAAAAAAUUCUGAAACAAUGCCUCCACCAUCGCACACUGCAUUUUCUGGCCAUCAUUUACCAUUUGUGGGUUUCACAUAUACAAGUAGCUGUGUGCUUUCGGACCGCAGCUGUCUAAGACUGACAGCUGGACCACCCUCCAUGGAUCUUGAUGCCAGCAUUCAAAGAACUUUGGAGGAUAGUUUAGCAACAGAAGCUUACGAGAGGAGAAUAAGACGUCUAGAGCAGGAAAAGCUUGAACUUAGUAGAAAACUGCAAGAGUCCACUCAGACAGUCCAGGCUCUGCAAUAUUCAACAGUGGAUGGCCCAAUAACAGCAAGCAAAGAUUUAGAAAUUAAAAGUUUGAAAGAAGAAAUUGAAAAGUUGAAGAAACAGGUAACAGAAUCUGGUCAGCUAGAACAGCAACUUGAGGAGGCCAGCACUGCAAGGCGGGAGUUGGAUGAUGCUUCCAGACAAAUAAAGGCUUUUGAGAAACAAGUCAGAACACUAAAGCAAGAGAGGGAAGAUCUUAAUAAGGAACUGGCAGAGUCUAGUGACAGAUUAAAAUCCCAAGCCAAAGAGCUGAAAGAUGCACACAGCCAGCGGAAAUUGGCAAUGCAGGAGUUCUCAGAGAUGAACGAGCGGCUGACAGACUUGCACUCUCAAAAACAAAAGCUUGCCCGCCAGCUCCGAGAUAAGGAGGAAGAAAUGGAAGUGGUGAUGCAAAAAGUAGAAAGUUUAAGGCAAGAGUUACGCAGAACAGAGAGACUUAAAAAAGAACUGGAAGUCCAAGCUGAAGCUGCAGCUGCUGAGGCAUCCAAAGACAGGAAAUUGCGAGAGAGGAGUGAACAGUACUCUAAACAGUUGGAAAGCGAAGUAGAAGGGCUAAAGCAAAAACAGGUUGGUCGCUCACCUGGGGUAAGCAGUAUAGAACAUCAGCAAGAGAUCACUAAAUUAAAGGCAGACCUGGAAAAGAAAAGUGUUUUCUAUGAAGAGGAACUAUCUAAACGUGAAAUGUUGCAUGCUAAUGAAAUAAAAAGUCUGAAGAAAGAACUGCGGGAUGCAGAGAGCCAGCAGCUUGCCCUCAAGAAGGAGAUCAUGGUUUUGAAAGACAAGUUAGAGAAAACCAGAAGAGAAAACCAAAGUGAGAGAGAGGAAUUUGAAACGGAGUUCAAACAAAAAUAUGAACGAGAAAAGCUUCUGCUGACAGAGGAAAACAAAAAACUUACAAAUGAACUUGAUAAGCUCACUGCCAUGUUUGAGAGGCUGAGUAUGAAUAAUCGGCAGCUGGAAGAAGAGAUGAGAGACCUGGCUGAUAAGAAGGAGUCUGUGGCCCAUUGGGAGGCCCAAAUUACUGAGAUUAUCCAAUGGGUAAGCGAUGAAAAAGAUGCUCGAGGUUAUCUUCAAGCCUUGGCCUCUAAAAUGACAGAAGAGCUGGAAGCCCUGAGGAACUCCAGUUUGGGUGCAAGAGCUACAGACAUGCCCUGGAAGAUGCGCCGCUUUGCAAAAUUGGAUAUGUCUGCAAGGCUGGAGCUCCAGUCUGCUCUUGAUGCUGAAAUCCGAGCCAAACAGGCUAUUCAAGAUGAGUUGAACAAAGUCAAAGCUUCCUGUAUCUCUACAGAGUGUAAAUUGCAAGAAUCUGAGAAGAAGAACAUGGAGCUGUUGGCAGAUAUUGAAAGGCUGAAAAAGGAGACAGAAGAGCUUAGAUCAGAAAAGGGUGUAAAGCACCAAGACUCACAGAAUUCUUUCUUGGCAUUUUUGAAUGCGCCUACCUCUGCUCUGGAUCAAUUUGAAGAUUCCUUUUCCUCCUCUUCAUCCUCAUUGAUUGAUUUUAUGGAUGACCGCUCUCCUUCCUGUAUUCCAGCUAACAAAGGCAGACGUAUUGAUUCAGUUGAGAAUUUUACAUUGUCUAAUACUCCGUCACGGGAUGAAGAUAGCAAGUCUCACCUCCAUUCAAGAUCAAGGUCUCCUUCUACAGCUAGUGAGAUUGAGCCAAUCGAGGUUACAGAUCAUCCUCCCCAUUCAAUGCACACACCGACCAUGAGGACAGCAUACAUUGGAUCAGGACUCUCUGCACCAAAGCCUAAAGCCCACCAGUUUGUAGUGAAGUCGUUCAAUACACCAACAAAAUGCAAUCAGUGCACAUCUCUGAUGGUUGGUUUAAUACGACAGGGCUGCACUUGUGAAGUGUGUGGAUUCUCUUGCCACGUGACCUGUGCAGACAAGGCUCCUGCAGUGUGUCCCAUCCCUCCCGAACAGACUAAGGGACCUUUGGGAAUAGAUCCCCAGAAAGGCAUAGGAACAGCGUAUGAAGGACAUGUCCGAGUACCAAAACCAUCUGGAGUAAAGAAAGGUUGGCAGAGAGCACUGGCAGUGAUCUGUGAUUUUAAACUCUUCCUAUACGAUGUAGCAGAAGGAAAAGCGUCCCAGCCAAGCGUGAUAGUGAGUCAGGUCAUAGACAUGAGGGAUGAAGAAUUCUCUGUGAGUUCUGUCUUGGCCUCGGAUGUCAUCCAUGCAAAUCGAAAAGAUAUCCCCUGUAUCUUUAGGGUUACAGCCUCCCAGCUCUCUGCAUCCAGUAACAAGUGUUCAAUCCUGAUCCUAGCAGACGGUGAGAAUGAAAAAAGCAAGUGGGUGGGCGUGCUGAAUGAAUUGCAUAGGAUCUUGAAGAAGAACAAGCUCAAAGACCGCUCAGUCUAUGUUCCCAAAGAAGCUUAUGACAGCACCUUGCCCCUCAUCAAAACAACACAGUCAGCAGCAAUCAUAGACCAUGAAAGAAUAGCUCUGGGGAAUGAAGAAGGGUUGUUUGUUGUGCAUGUCACCAAAGACGAGAUCAUCCGUGUUGGUGACAAUAAGAAGGUUCAUCAGAUUGAGCUCAUCCCGAGUGAACAGCUCAUUGCAGUAAUCUCAGGACGGAACCGUCACGUGCGGCUCUUCCCCAUGGCUGCCCUGGAUGGAAGGGAGACUGAGUUUUAUAAGCUGGCAGAGACAAAAGGCUGUCAGUCAAUAGUUUCUGGACACGUGCGCCAUGGGGCCCUUACCUGCCUGUGUGUAGCCAUGAAAAGACAGGUCCUCUGUUAUGAACUAAAUCAGAGCAAGACGCGUCACAAAAAGAUCAAGGAGAUCCAGGUCCAGGGGAACGUCCAGUGGAUGUCAAUCUUCAGUGACCGUCUUUGUGUGGGCUACCAGUCGGGUUUCCUAAAAUAUCCCCUUCAUGGCGAAGGCAGCCCAUACAGCCUGCUCCAUCCGGACGACCACACACUAUCAUUUAUCUCACAGCAGCCAACUGAUGCCAUCUGUGCAGUCGAAAUCUCAAAUAAAGAAUACCUGCUGUGUUUUAGCAGCGUCGGGGUUUAUGUUGACUGCCAGGGCCGAAGAUCGAGACAACAAGAGUUGAUGUGGCCCGCAACUCCAUCUUCUUGCUGUUACAAUGCACCAUACCUCUCUGUGUACAGUGAAAAUGCUAUUGACAUCUUUGACGUGAACUCCAUGGAGUGGAUUCAGACUAUUCCUCUCAAAAAGGUACGACCCUUGAAUACAGAAGGAUCACUAAACCUUUUAGGCCUGGAGACAGUUAGAUUAAUAUAUUUCAAAAACAAAAUGGCAGAGGGUGAUGAACUGGUGGUCCCUGAGACAUCAGAUAACAGCCGGAAGCAAAUGGUUCGAAACAUCAACAACAAGCGCCGCUAUUCCUUCAGAGUCCCGGAGGAGGAGAGGAUGCAGCAGAGAAGGGAGAUGCUACGUGAUCCAGAAAUGAGAAAUAAGUUAAUUUCUAACCCAACUAAUUUUAACCACAUAGCACAUAUGGGUCCAGGAGAUGGUAUACAGAUUCUCAAAGACCUUCCAAUGCAGCCUGUCACCAAUUAACUGGCCGUACAGUCUGGCCUCCCUUCUGCCCUCUUGUCCCUUGAAGCCACUUUAUCGUGGAUGCUCCUUUGUAGUGAAGAUCUGAAAUCUGGAACUGCACUUACUGCAGCACAGACCACCUCUCUGUGUACAUCAGAUGUACAGGAUUGAUUUUGCUUUCAUAUUCUGCAUGCCUAAGUAUUUUUAUAUACAAAAGCUGGUCUUGACUGCCGUUAUAUUUGAACAUUAUGCUUCAGUUUGACCUCAUUAUACAUGAGCCAUUCUACUUCCAUUCUAGAUGAUGUGUGAAGCUUUGCUUGUUUCAAUUGAGAAACUUUUAGAGUAAAUGAAUACUUAUCUAUAUUUGGUAUUCUUUAAAGAAAGUGGGAACCCCAUGCAUGCAUCUAAUGGUGGAGUCCAUGGAGAAAGUUCCAUGGAGGAUCAUUUUUAAAAUGCUGCCAUAUCGUGGCUUUCUCACAUUCAUGAAUGCUGGCUAAAUAUUUUCAUGGUCUGCAGCUGGCCUACCCUCUGCUUUUUAGCUUGUGAUUUUAGGCACUACCAUAUCUCCCUUAUUGGCUUUUAGGAACAUGGCUGGCUUUGCUGCCAGUUCUCUGUUGUGAAUAGAUUAACUCAGCAAAGUCUGCUGUCCUGGACCAUUUUGGAAUGGUGGCUUCUUGUACUGAUAUUUAGAUGCUGCUAAAGUUACUAAUAACAAUUUAAUGUAUAUUAUGUCUUAUAUGCCAUCAUGUGGUAAUUGAUGUUUUGGUUAACAGGCAAAGCCUCAUAAUAACCAUGUGUUUUAAACAAAAUUAAAAAAAAAAAAAAAAGUUGGAUUUUACCAGCUGAAAUGAAGAGAACAGUAACAAUAAUGUUUGAUAUAAUAUGUAUUGGGAUGUGACUUAAUGUUCUUCCAGACUUUAAUACGUUCCACAUACAAAAAGUAGUGCCUUAGGUUUAGUGGAGGGGUAAGCUAUAUUUUUACCAUAUUUUAUAUUUUAACUCCUAACAUUUCUAACAUUACUCAGAAAUGUUUGUUUUAAGGUGAUGAAAUCAGUGGAUGAGGGGAAGAGGAACUUGAAAGUUAGAAGUUAGAAAAGGUGUUGUGAUUUGCUGGUGUCCGUGGGCAAACCACCCCAGUGCAGGCUGACCUGCUGAGCAUGUACAGGUGGCACAGGGAGGGAGACCAAACCUUGAAACCUCUCCAUUAAAUCUGGAUUUAGGUGACUUUAAAUUAUAAGAGCACUUGUGUCAGCACAUUCCACAGAGAUGAAUUAGAAGUCAUUUUUGUUUAAUUUGCAGGAUUAUUUCUCCCCUCUCCUUCUUUAUGUCACACUUGGGGAGCACAUUGCUCAGUUGACCUUUUAACAACAUCUGGAUUUCCCAGUGCUUUGGCACCUCUAUGUGCUAAGGACCUGAUCCUUGCACAGCAGUGCAAAGUUCCCUCAUGACUAAAGCGCUGUCAGGAGUGUGCAGAAGGACAUGGGCCUGGUGGCGUCUGUCUGCAGCAGAGUGAAUUGUCCCAGUUGUCUGACACUAACCAGUUCACCUUCCCACACCACCUGUGUCCCUGCCCUGUCGAAACACUGUUCCCUCCUGUUGGAAAUACUCUGUGUUUGUUGUACGGGUGAUAAUUUUAAUGGAAUCGCUAAAAUGCAUGAAUAACAGAAGGAAAUCUCUUACAAUCUCUUAACUACUGUGUAUUUUCAUCUUUUCUUCUCCCCACACCACCUCACCUGUGUUCACCUUCCUUUGUGUUAUGUCUAUUUUAGAUUGUAAGCUCCUCAAGGCAGGGAACUGAUGCUUCUCAACUGUCUGUAAAGCACCUUUUACAACUGUGGUGCUCUUUGAAAUAUAUCAAAAAAUAAUAAAUAUUAGAAUCUAUUCCCAAUGAGUUAAAAGUUUUAUUUAUUUUUAAUGUUUUAGCAGCAGCAGGGGCAGCAGGCCCAUAUGACCCCAUGUAAGGAAGGUGGUUAGAGGACUGGGGGUGACAGUGUAACAGCCUGUGUGUUGACGGCGAGCAGGGUUCUGUCUGCUGUCCCUCAGUGUUUGGCUGCUCCUGUGGACUGCUGUUGCCAGUGUAACCUGUAAACCAUCCUUCAUUGCUUUCUCUCUCUGUUGUCUUUGAUAGCAGCGCUCCCCUUAUCAAUUCCCUCAUCACCACUCCCGUCUGAUCUCCUCUCCGAGCAACUUUGAGCACAUCUACCACAUGACCGUUAAUUCAGCUGAAAAAUUCCUCUCUUACGAUUCCAUAAACCCUGCAUUUUCCCCGCCUCCACGCUCUGUCCUCGGUACUCCAGACUUUAUGACUCUGAGGGUAUGAACGGCUGAGUCAGGUGUUCACUCUACUAACACCGUGUGGUUUUCCUUUUGCCUGGCUAUUAACAUGGGAGAAAACCCCUUGUAAGCUGUUCCUUCACCCCUUAACUUUCUUUUGUCCCAGACAAUUUACUUUCUGCAAUCAGCUGUGGUCUUCACACAGCUCUGACAUGCCAAGAAAAAAAUAUUUCGUGGCUUUAGAAAAAAAAAAGUGCAUAACAACUGGGCUGAACCUUUUGCUAUGAAAAUACCAUUUUUAAUCACCAGGAAGGAUGUUGGCAUUUUUAAAUGGUAAAUUCUCUGUUCCACAUUGAUCAUCCUCCAGCAGUCAGUAGCAGGAUCCUGCAUACUAGGUUGAAUUAGGUAAAGGUUCUAGAUCUGUCUUUGUUGGACCAAACUUUCAAACUGAUUGUUUAUGAUUAAUUCGUGUGGAAUACAAGAAUUUUUACACAGUACUGUGCACAGAAUGAGAGAGACAGACAGGUCAUGCCUCAGACAGUUUCUAGGUUAAAGUAAAUAAGUGAAAUUAGAACAUGUACAAACAAGAUAAUUAAAGAUAAUGGCAACUUGCUGAUAUAGAUCCUCUUAAUCCUGGUAGUUUUAGGCAGAGGCUGAGGUAGGAUACUGUUCUGUAGAUAUCCUUCAAGCUGGAAUGGAAACUGGAGGGAUGGAAGUAGUCUUUUCUUUUUUCUUGUAUUGUGCAUCCUGGUGUAACAGCAUGGGGGUCAGUACAUCCUAUAGAAAUACAAACCAAACUAAAACAGACACAAAGUACCUGCUGUGCAUCAUGAUUCUGUACAGUGCCGUGGCCUGCAGUUCUGCUUGGGGCAGAUUCACAGAUAAAUGAGGAAUAAUCUGUGAGGUAGAUGUAUGUGAUGGUGGUUGGUUGCUCAGGGUUUGUGUGGUUUUGAGCCAUGUCCAUUGCUGUAAUGGAAACAUGGCUCUUGGCUUCUGUGGCCUUUGGACACCCUUCAGACAUGCAUGGCAAACCUUCACCGCCAGGCUGCUUUGAGUGCCUUUGGGCUGCUGUUCCCUAUCUCUGGGAACAUUUUGGAAACAUACCUGCAUAUAACUUUAAAAAUGCAGGAGGAAAAUAAGUCUCUUCCAUAUGGCUCCAAAACCAAUUGGCACAGCUAAGCUUUGACUGGUUAAGCGCAUGGUCAUGUAUCACUGCUGUGAGGGCCCAGUUGUCACAACCAUCAGUAUUCAGAAAUUAAGUUGCAGAGUUUUAGAAGAUGUGCUCUGUAAGGACAGGUCUGCAUCCAUCCUAGUUCUUCUGGUAGUAGGAGAGGUGCAGAUACAUAAGAGGAGCACUCUGUUGCAAUGGAAACCAAAAAAUAUUGUUAGGCCGAACUGAAAGCUGUUUCUCUCCUAGAGGGUCAUUAUAAGGUCACUGAAACCGUAUUUCAGUUCUGGUUUUAAGAUGGCUCUUUUAAUCCAACUGUACUGCUAAAUUUUUUGUGUUUAAUAUGCAGUGAUGUAUCACCGGACUGUGACCCUCCCUCUACCUUCCCUUUCUCAUGUGAGUAGUCCCCCUGGGAUCAGUAAGGAAUGAUCCCUCAUGUUUCAGACAGUAACUCUCAAUUUUUUCUUCAGGAGCAUCCUUCAUCCUAAUGUUGCAGCCUACUAACAUAAUUUGGAGGGAAAAAAGUGAAGUGGGCAACCCAGAGUGCCAAGGUCCUGUCCCUGGUAGCUCUGCAGAGCACUAGAGGUUUAGUCUUUUAUGCAGUUUGUCUGCCUUGUGGUUUGAGGGUAGAGAUGCCAUAAGCUGUACAGAAGGCAGGGCUGUGAGUUUGGAUUCAUGUCUCCCUUUGUGUUUGGAGAUUCUAGUGUAAGAAUGGUGCUGUAGUCCCAGGUAUAGAUGGGUUAUUGGAACCAGAAUAGCGUGGAAUCCACAGGGGAGUUGAAAAAUGACCUAUUAAAGUAGGCUUUUAGAUUCUGUCAUGUUACUUCAUGGAAGAAUUAAAAACUGAGGUUUAUAAUGUAAUGCACAGAACACUACUUUAAAAGAAAAAGAAACCCCGAAACAACAAGCAGCACGAGGGACAGAGAACCAGAGGCGAGGAAGUUCCUGUCAGUGCCGUAGCUGUUCAGUCAGACACUGUGGGAACAUCCACACCCCACUGCCAGGGAAGGCAGCUGGAGAGCAGCUGGUGUGGGAGAAGGAGCAGAGUCUCCCUAACGCUGCAAAGCCGUGAGUGUAGCAGAGACUGCCCCUACACAACCCACAGCUCCAUCCUCUGACUGGAAUGGAAGGCACUGAACUAAUCUGGGCCUUUCACCCUAUUUCACAGUCACUCACUUUGCUCAGCAGCAGCUUCUCUGCUGCUGCUUUUUUCCCCUGUUCUCUUACCUUUCUCUGUUUGGUUCAGCACUGGGGAUGGAUUUUCCUGCUAGGAUUUGAAUUUUUGCUCUAAAUGAGGGGGUUUUGUCUCUCUAAGUAAAGCAAGCUCAGGUUUCCUUUUGUUUUCUGUGUUUUUAACUCGCUGCAUUGUGCUGCUUUAUAACUACCGCUAAUAACCGCCGUUUAUUUUCCUUUGAAUCCCCUUUCUGCAUCACGUGCAUACCACUUCCAGGAGGUUUGGUCCAAAAUGCCAGCAUCUCUGGCAUGUGCUUAUUUUAUUUUUGGAACAAAGAACAAUGAAAGAUUUGCUUUGUGGAGAAACUUUUCUACGAGGAAUUACAUGGACGUUGCGAACUGAGGUCAUGAAAAAUAAUCAUCGUUAGACUAUACUAUGAGAACAAAUUUGUUUCUUUCAUGGACCCACCCAUUCCCUCCUUCCCCUGAUGCCUGUGUGUUGUCUGCUCAGUCACUGUGAAGGAGGUUAAUCACCUUACCACUAAACAUAGUCGUUCUCUUUGCAAAAUGAACCACUGUAGGUUUAUACAAGAACAGAAGUCCAGCCUUGCAACCCCAGUGUACUAACCCCAGUGCACAUGUUCGCAUGGUGCUGCACUUGGCUUUCCUUUCUUUCUCAAAACACAGCAGUAACUUAUUCCUUAGCCCAUCAGUUCCUUUGGUUAUCCUCAGGGGAGCGAGCCUCCAUGGUUUAGGUACAGCCAGGAUGCUUAUACUCUGUAUCUCACAUUGUUCAUUGCACGGUGAAGGACAGAGGAACAGAAACCUCAGUGUUUUGUGCUACAAAGCAGGUUGGUUGUUCACAUUUAAAAAUAAAAAAAGAAGGGGGGAAGGUAAGUGAGAGACAGCAAUAUAACUACAAAAAUUAUUUAAGAGACUUUUUUAAGCCUUUAGGUAUAAAUCCUUACAGUGCAGCAAUGGAUGAGAGGAGAAUUAAACAGGGCUUUUUCAUUGGUAAGGUCUCUGAUUCUCUUUUGCUGGUGUUGGAGAAAGAUCUGGGAACAGGAGAGAUUUUGAUUCUUAUUUGUUGCAUGUUAAAAAUCAGCCAUUUCUAGCCCUCUGGGAGAAUGAGAAUCCAAAAUCUGUAAGAUCAAAGGGGUCUGUUAGAGCAAUGACUAUAAGGAUCAAUGUAAGACUGGAUUUGACAGCAGUUUGGUAAUAAUUAUGUGAUAAAGACUGAACUGUAUAAAAUCUGUUCCUUACAAAGCUUCUAUUUAAUUAUCCAUUUUAAAAUACAGAUAGAGACCUGAGGGUCUCUGAGAAUACUCUUGUGGGGGUGGAAUAUUUGUUCUGAUCUGAAAUUUUCAUAACACUGUAGUUUAAAAAAGCAUUGCAAUUGCAACUGGUUUUUUAAGUGUGGCUACUUCAUCUCAGAGUGUGGGGAGGAGACAAAUAUAAA